AAGUUGAGGAGACCCGCAGUUCCGGAAAAUUCCCUACUGCGUGCGAAAUCCCCUAUCGCUCGCCUUCCGGCUGCUCCGGCAGGGCGGCAUCAACUGGGCUGUGCAAGUGAUUGUGGGGUGAUAAGAGAGCAAGGCUCUUUGGAGCUCCUGGCAAAAGGAUGUGUGGCAAAUAGUGGAAAAUUCAUUAGACGGUGUCGAAAUACAUUGAUCAAAUGGCUCUCAAUUGAGCCUCCCCCGGAAAACGCCUGCAAUUUAGCACUGGAAAGGCGAAGUACGAGGCUAGAAUGCUAGAGAUCUGCCUCAAUGGAAUGCCGAGGGUAAAAAUGACUUUUUGAAUUGGAUUCAAUGAAAGACAUAAAACGUGGCGAAUAGAGGAAAAACAACCCCUGGCAGCUUCUCGGGCACGUGUGAAGAUUUCUCUGCGCCCUCUUUUGUGCCCCCCAAAGAAGUUGCCCUCGCCAUAGUGAAAGGCCCAUGAGAGACACGUGUUUAUUGUGUUUUCGUAUAUAAAUAUUAUCGACAGUGAGGAAAAAUCGCUGACGAGAGCUCUAUUGACGAACUUGAAACCCACACUGAAUUGAUUGCGAAACGGUGUGAAAAACUGAGGCUGUCGCUUCGACUUCCAGCAUGUUUUGUGUGCCAGUGAAUUGUCCCCAAGACAUUUAAUCCAACAAUCAAUUCCCUAAACAUCGUCAUUUUUGUGUCGUUUCUCGUGCUAAGGAAUCACACUCUGGCUGAUAAUCCUCUACCGCAUACGAAAAUUCGAUACUGAGAGUGUAAAACGAGAGCGUCAAAAGGGAAACAGAUCAAAAGGAUUUGCGCUCCACGCGUUUCCACAUCAACAAUUCCCGAGGAAAAAGACUUCGUGGCAAACAACCACAACGCGAGAAGGUGGAAAGUGCGGGGAAAAAGGACGUGGAAAUCAUUUUGGAGGCAAAAAGACAACAAUUCACCCUUCUCUCUCACCUCAGAGUGUGUGUGUGGAUGUGAAAUUGUGGGCCAUGUGUUGAUUUAUGCCCUCGCUCUGCAUGACACUGAGUGUCAAAGUGAAGAAUUUCCCAUCACAUGUGAUCCCAUUGGACGGUCUAUUUGGUAAACAUAGGCAAUUAUUGCGUAAAGUCUCACGUCCAAAUUUCCUCAAGACGUCUUCUUUGGCUGCUAGGAAAAAAUAGCGUCGCGCUAUAAAUACCGUCACAUCAUUAGCCGCUGUGCAGACAAUUUAACGCGUACUCCCCAGACGUAACAGGAGGAAGUGAGUCGCCUGAAAACGAUACAAAGCAGUCAGCAGCAUCUUAAAGCGAUCGUGCAGCGUCUCACAGUGUCACUCUCAGCGCAAAGACACGUCUUCAGUGCCAUGUGGCAAAUGUUAACAGUCAUGUGAGAGUCUCCCCGAGAGAGCUCCGCUAAUUAUCCUCCAAAUCAUUUAACAUAAUUGAUGAUGUGAUCACGAGAGACCUCCUUGAGAGGUGCGCGCACAAAGAUAGUCUUUCCCCUGGUGCUUCAGCGGCAUUUUCUCACCCCCCAAAAACAUUGCCAUUCUGUGGAUAAGAAGAAAGUGGUGACGAAAUUUCGAAACAUUUGGCGAGACUAUGCAAAAAAGGAACAGUGAGGAAAGGAUAAAGAGAGAUAGCAAUCAAAAUGUGUUGUGUGUAUGUGAAUAAAAUUCCAAUAAACAUAAAUUGGUGCUGAGAAGAAAGAGAAUGCUGCGUUACAUCAUUGGGUAUUUGUAAUCAAAAAUAUAGAUACACGCACGCCAUAAUAGCAAUUGUGCUUGGCGAAGAAAAUUGUGAAAGACCAACCCCACAUUUGACAUCAUCAUGAUCCCCAGAGAAUUGAAAAGCAUCCAGUGGAUGGCAUUUUUGCUGAUGUCGUGCUUUAUAGGAGCCGCCGUUGGGAGCUUCCAGGGCCAGAAUCAUGGUCACAAUACAUUAACUGAGCGGACAACGCCGAUGCCAUCGCUGGGCUACAUUUCCCCGGCGUACUUUGACAUUUCCAUGCCACGAAAUGUGACCGCUCUUGUGGGCAAAUCGGCCUAUUUAUCCUGCCGCGUCCGGAAUCUCGGCAAUAAAACCGUCGCCUGGGUGCGUCACAGGGACAUUCACGUCCUUACAAUUGGCACUUACACCUACACGUCCGACCAGCGGUUUCAGACCACUCACCACAAGGACACUGAUGAGUGGACGCUGCACAUCAAAUGGGCCCAACCGCGCGAUGCCGGCACUUAUGAGUGUCAAAUCUCAUCGGUGCCAAUCCGCAGCUACACCGUGACGCUCCGUGUUGUGGAUCCAUCGAAGCAGUACGAUGACUUCUAUGGCGGCGCCUCUCAGAGGUUCUACAAUGAUCGUCCGGAGCCACCAUAUCCCUAUCAGCAGCCCCGCCACCCCCCCAAUUGGUACCCGCCCUCAGGUUCCGACAAUUGGAACAACUACUACCGCCGCCAGACAAAUGGGCCUCCACACUUCAAUGUGCCAACAGCCACAAUUUUAGGCGGUCCCGAUCUCUACGUAGACAAAGGCAGCACCAUCAACCUUACCUGUGCCAUUCGCUUCAGUCCAGAGCCGCCAGCAUACAUUUUCUGGUACCAUCAAGAUGAGGUAAUUAGUUACGAUUCAACACGAGGCGGUGUCUCCGUAAUCACCGAAAAGGGUGAAGUAACAACUUCCUACCUGCUGCUCCAGGAUGCUGAGCUCACUGACUCCGGCAAGUACUCGUGCAGCCCAUCAAAUGCGGAUGUGGCGAGCGUUCGAGUGCACGUUCUCAAUGGAGAGCGUCCGGAAGCAAUGCAGACGGGUUCAGCUGGAUUAUCGAGCAGCUGUGUCUGUAUCUCAAUACUAAUAAUUAUAUCAAACAUUUACAAUUAUCUAAGGGUAUGGCUUGGCCUCCAAUCACUCCAUUCGGAUAGUCAUUUACGGUGAUAAAAUUAUAUACACAUAACUUAAAGUACAUCCAUUCUCCUCACCGUUUCUCACACUCUCUUCCCCACCGGUUAAGCCACCUCGUUCAUCUCCAUCAAACUUUGCCCGAAAUCUCUGCAGGAGAUCCUCACUCAGUUUCCCAGAAAGGGCGGAGAAAGGUCAUGGGGAGGGUGUGGGAGAAUGGCCGAGGAAAUUUAAUUAUUAACUCCAUAGUUCUACCGUAUAAGAUACGAUUCAGUGUAAAUAAAGUGUAAUAAGAGAUUAUUUUCAAGUGUAGAGAAACUGAAUGAGCGCUCCUAAUGAAAUUUGAAAUUCAAAUAAUACAAUAUUACUAAAAUUGGUAAGUUGGAGAAUUCGUGAAAGUGCGAAUAAUCAAAAGAGAAUAUAUUCUAUUUUCAUUUGAUGAAAUAGUGAAUGGAGAAGAAAAUGAAUUUAUUGACUAAUGAAGAAAGUAAACUAUUUAAUAUAGAGAAAUAUUUAAUGGGAGAAAUCCAUAUAAUAGGGGUGUGAAGUUAGAGGAGAAUUUCUAGAGGAAAACAAUAUUAUCAAUUAGAAAACUUAUGUACAACGUCAUUUAAUGAUUGUAUAGAGAAGAAUUGCAAGACGGUUAAUUGCUCUCUCUCUUCGUUGAAUUCUCGAAAAAACGAGCGGACAACAGAAGGUUUGGUCAGACAUGAUUUGAGGAAUGAAGUUACUAAAUGCGAUUGUGUGAUGAGAAGAGUGAAAUGUGUGUAGAGAGGAAAUUUAAGUGAUUUGUUAUUGCAUUUCAUGAAUACCCCAGAAUAAUGUGCGUUGUCGCGCAACCCAUCAAAAUCACUCAGAGUUAUACUGUUCCCCUGAAAAUCACAUUAUUUUGCUGUAUAUGUAACGCAGAAAGAGAGUAUCAUAAAGAUGUUAUAAACAUUAAAAAGAAAUAUAUUUAACUACAGGUAUCACAGGAAAAUGUUGAUAAAUAUAAAGAACAAACGAAGACCGUAAAACAAGAUUAUAAAACUGUGUGGAAUUUGUCAUAAAUCAUUAAAAGAUGACUUUAAAGCCCUGAAAUAAGUGUAAUUUAAUCGUUGUACAUAAAUAAUUGAAGAAGAGAAAGCAUUUUUAUUAUUGUAUAUAUGAGGAAAUUGGUGAAAAAAAAAUCAAGAAAGAGCUAUACAGAGUGUGUGAGUUGGGUUGGAGGGUGAGAAGCCACGAGUUUAUGUGGCACAUAAACAAGGAGCAUAAAUAAUGAUAAUAAUUAUGGAGAGAGUGGAAAAAAAUUGUAUAAUUCUAAAUGUAUAAGAAUUUUUUUUGUUCCAACACACAGAGUGAGAAGAACAAGAAAAAGAGGGAGAAACGGCGUGAGAAACC